AUGAGUUAAGUUAAUGUCAGGUAGUCUGCCUCUCUCGUAAGAAAAUUCGAAGAAAUGAGGCAGUCUAUCUAAAUCAACAACUCUAUUCAGCAAAUGAGAUAGAGUUAAUAGUACUAGACUGGUAUUCAAGAAAACUAAGAUGGCAACAAAGUAGCCCAUAGAAACGCAGACGUCCUCGAAGAAAUAGGUUUGAAGACUGAAGAUGUCUUCAUCAAUAACAAUGGAACAUAGGUAUAAUAGCAACAAGAUCACCAUGCUAAAGGCAAAUAAAUUUCUAAAGAAGACAAGUCUAAGAAAGAAUUAGUCGAAAAAGUUGACCACAAGAUUUCUCUUGAGGAACUUAGAUAAAAGUAUGAAACUGACUACUAAAAGGGUCUUACCGAAGAAUAAGCUGCUCAUUUACUCAAAAUUCAUGGUGAGAAUAAACUUACUGAGAAGGUAAAAACUCCUUUCUGGGUUAAGAUUCUUAUUGAAUUGACUAAUGGUUUCGCGCUCUUACUUUGGAUCAGUGCUGGUUUAUGUUUCCUUGCUUAUGGCCUAAGUCCUGAUGAUCCCUCUAACAUCUAUUUGGCUAUUGUCAUUCUCGUUGUCAUCUUCAUCACUACCGCUAUUACUUUCCAACAGAAUUCCAAGAGUGAAGCUCUGAUGAACUCAUUUAAAAACUUCAUUCCUGCAAAAUGUAUUGUAAUCAGAGGAGGAUAACCAAAGUCAAUUGAUGCAGCUCACUUGGUUGUUGGUGAUAUAGUAUCUAUCAGAUUGGGAGAGAAGAUACCAGCUGAUAUUCGUAUCCUUGAAUCAAAUGAAAUGAAAGUUGAUAACUCACCUCUCACUGGUGAGUGCGAACCUCUUUUGCGUACUGUUGAGUGCUCUCAUCCCGAAAGUUAUCUAGAAACCUCAAAUAUUGCUUUCUUUGGUACUUUAUGCAAAGAAGGUAAUGGCAAAGGUAUUGUCAUUUGCACCGGUGAUAGAACUACUCUUGGAUAAAUCGCUGAUUUGUCAUCAGGUGAGAAAAAGGUUAAGACUCCUCUUCGUUAAGAACUUGACCGUUUUGUCAUUUUAAUUACUAUCAUCGCUAUUUUCCUUGGUGUUCUUUUCUUCUUGUUAGCCUACUUCUACAUGAAAUACGAUUACAUGGUUUGCAUCGUUUUUGGUAUUGGUAUUCUUGUCGCUAACGUACCCGAAGGUUUAUUGGGUUGCAUUACCAUUUCCUUGGCUAUUACUGCUAAGAAUCUCGCUGUAAAAAAUGUUCUUGUUAAGAAUCUAGAAGCUGUUGAAACCCUUGGUUCUACUUCUUGUAUUUGCUCAGACAAAACUGGUACUCUUACUCAGAAUGUUAUGUCUGUCAAGAAUAUGUGGUUUAAGGAUAAGAUUUACAUGUGCAAGAACAAAGUCCAUCUUAAGCAAGGUGAAAUUCCUGAGUACGAUAUCAACGAUAACGAUUUCUAAACCCUUCAAAAGGCUGCUAUGUUGAGUAGUGAAGCUCGUUUUGAUACCUCCUCAGUUAAAGACCAAUCUAACAUCGACUACAUAACAUGUCCAGUUAUGGGAGAUGCCACCGAAACUGGUAUCAUUAGAUUCUUUUAAUACAUUGAUGAUGUCAACAAAUUCCGUGAAAGAUAUUAAAUUGCUAAAAACCCUGAUGGAACAUACGGUAAAAUGCCUUUUAACUCAUAAGUUAAAUUUGCAUUGACCAUCAUUCAAGAAUAGCUUCCUGGUAGCAACUACACUGUUUAUAUCAAAGGUGCUCCUGAAAAGAUUUGGAGUUACUGCAAUUCAGUUAUGAUUAAUGGCUAACCAAGUCAAAUUGAUUAAACAUGGUAGAAGAAAUUCAAAGCAGUCAAUCUCACUUUUGGUAAGGGAGGUGAAAGAGUUCUUGGAUUUGCUAAGCUCCAUUUACCUGCUGAAGAUUUCCCUGAAGGCUUUAUUUUCAAUGUUUCUUCACUUUAAAAAUUCCCCUUCAAAUUGGCUAAUUUCUAGUUCUGCGGUCUUAUUUCAUUGAUGGAUCCUCCUAAAACUAGAGUUCCCUAUGCAAUUUUGGAAUGCAGAUCUGCUGGUGUCAAAGUUAUCAUGGUUACAGGCGAUCAACCUCCUACUGCUGCUGCCAUCGCCAAAGAAGUCAACAUUAUUCCUAAGGAAGUUAUUACUAAUGAAGAUAUCUUGGAACAAAAUCCCAGUAAAACUUGGUGGGAAGCAAGUGAAGAGUGCGAGGCUAUCAUUGUCCAUGGUGAUAGAAUCGUAGAAUCGUUUGAGAAAUCAUUAUCUGAGUAAAAAUAAGAAAACUUCUACUUGCGUUAAUGGGUAAAAAAACAAUAUUGCGUAUUUGCAAGAACAACACCUGCUCAAAAAUUACAAAUUGUAGAUGCUUGCCAAAUGGAAGGAUUUAUUGUCGCUGCAACAGGUGAUGGUGUCAACGACUCUCCUGCUAUCAAGAAAGCUGAUAUUGGUAUUUCAAUGAACUUGUCAGGAUCUGAUGUUACUAAAGAUGCUGCUGAUAUGGUUUUAAUUGAUGAUGAUUUUGCUUCUAUUGUUUUGGGUGUUGAAGAAGGUAGAAAAAUCUUCGAUAACUUAAAGAAGACUGUUGUCUAUCUUCUUACUUCUAAUAUGACUGAAGUCGUUCCCUUCUUGGCUUUCAUUAUUUUGGAAUUACCUUUACCUCUCUCUAGUAUUUACAUGUUAGUUAUUUGUGUCGGAACUGAUGUUUGGCCUGCCAUUUCUUUAGCAUAUGAAGAAGCUGAACUUGAUGUUAUGACUAGAAGACCUCGUCUAAAAUCUGAACAUCUUGUUUCUAAUAAAUUGAUUACAAUCGCUUACCUUCAAACUGGUUAAAUUGCAAGUGCAGCAGGAUUCCUAGGUUACUAUGUUGCAUUUAACUAUUUCGGUUUCCCAGUCCUUUCAUUAUUUGGUAUGGCUUCUGGAUCAGGUUACAAACCACCCAAAAAUGAUUUCAACGAAAGCUACAUCAAUCCUAUCACAAAUUAGAUAGACAAGAAUUACAAUACAGAAAUAUAUAAGAUAACAGGAACUACUCGUUGUGACUAAUUAAAUAAAGAUUAACAAGAUAAAUUAGACAAAUUAAAAUACACUGUAGACUGGUUUACUGUUACUGAAGGUAACUACGAUUUAAGAAAGACAUUUGUAAAAUGUGAUACAGAUUCAGGUAUUUUUGUUCCCAUUUACAAAUGGAGUGACUGCGAUAUUACCUUGAGUAAAAAUAAAUCACCUAUCACUGACUAAACUGCCUGUUAUUCAACUGAUGCUUAAAGAUAUGCAUAAAGUGUCUACUUCAUCAGUGUUGUCUUACUACAAUGGUCAAAUAUCUUUGCUUGCAAGAGUAGAUCAACAAGUUACUCAACCACAGCAUUUAAUUCUAUUAUGAUUCAUGGUGUCAUCUUCGAAACUUGUUUAACCGUUUUCCUUUAAUACGUCCCAGGAGUAUAAGAAGUCUUCGGUGGUAGACCUCUAUUCUUCUGGCUCUGGACACCAGCCUUAAUUUUCAGUAUAACUUUACUUGUUUAUGAUGAAUUAAGAAAAUUCCUUUGUAGACAUGUUAAGUGGUAUUACAAAUACUGUUACUGGUGA